UUCUCAGACUGACAUUCAUUCAGCACUCACUGACACCUUUUAAACAGAUUUACUCUGUUCGCUUAGCUGCUAGUGUCAAUAUCCCGAUACCUUGUUCACUUCACUUCGUCUCCAGCACCAUGCUCAGGAUGCUACAGAAACUCCGUCUCCAGCCAGGGAUGAGUCUAUUAUUGAUAUGGCUCUGUCAUUUCAUGGAAGAUCAAAAAGUACAAGCUGGUAACUGCUGGUUACAGCAGGGGAAGAACGGGAGGUGUCAGGUGCUCUACGUACCGGGGAUGAGCCGAGAGGAGUGCUGUAGAAGCGGGAGGCUGGGGACGUCAUGGACCGAGGAGGACGUACCCAACAACACCUUGUUCCGGUGGAUGAUCUUUAACGGCGGAGCCCCCAACUGCAUACCCUGCAAAGAAACGUGCGACAACGUGGACUGUGGACCCGGAAAGAGAUGCAAGAUUAACAGGAGAAGCAAGCCGCGCUGCGUCUGCGCGCCAGACUGCUCCAAUGUCACUUGGAAAGGACCUGUCUGCGGAUCGGAUGGAAAGACAUACAAAGACGAGUGCGCGUUGCUCAAGUCCAAAUGUAAAGUCCAUCUGGACCUGGAAGUGCAGUACCAGGGCAAAUGCAAGAAGACCUGCCGUGACGUUUUAUGCCCAGGGAGCUCCACGUGCGUCGUGGACCAGACAAAUAACGCAUAUUGUGUGAUGUGUAAUCGGAUCUGCCCUGAACAGAGGUCACCGGAUCAGUUCCUGUGUGGCAAUGACGGGAUCAUCUAUGCCAGUGCAUGCCAUCUGAGGAGGGCGACAUGUCUCCUGGGCAGAUCCAUAGGAGUAGCAUAUCAGGGGAAAUGCAUCAAGGCCAAGUCGUGCGAGGACAUCCAAUGCAGUGUGGGGAAGAAGUGUCUGUGGGACUCCAGGAUGAGCCGAGGCCGCUGCUCCCUCUGUGAGGAGGUGUGUCCAGAGAGCCGGAUGGACGAGGCGGUGUGCGCCAGCGACAACACCACCUACCCCUCAGAGUGUGUUAUGAAGCAGACUGCCUGCUCUCUGGGAACGCUCCUGGAGGUUAAGCAUUCAGGAUCUUGCAACUCCAUUACAGAAGCCCCGGAGGAAGAGGAGGAGGAGGAGGAGGAGGAGGAGGAGGAGGAGGAGCAGGAAGAUCAGGACUACACGAUUUAUAUCCACCUGUCCUCCUUAUUGGAUGGAUAGGCUGUCUAUCAUAUCCACCUGUCUUCCUUAUUGGAUGGAUAGGCUGUCUAUCAUAUCCCCCUGUCCUCCUUAUUGGAUGGAUAGGCUGUCUAUCAUAUCCACCUGUCCUCCUUAUUGGAUAGAUAGGCUGUCUAUCAUAUCCACCUGUCCUCCUUAUUGGAUAGAUAGGCUGUCUAUCAUAUCCACCUGUCCUCCUUAUUGGAUAGAUAGGCUGUCUAUCAUAUCCACCUGUCCUCCUUAUUGGAUGGAUAGGCUGUCUAUCAUAUCCACCUGUCCUCCUCAUUGGUGGAUAGUCUAUCUUCCUCCCCUCCUUAUUGGUUGGAUAGACUGUCUAUCUAUCUGCCUGCCUGGUCUGCACUAGAGGGACAGUCCAAGGGCCUGGAACCAUGUUCAUACUGUACAGUCCACAUGUGUAUGCUUAUAUAUUUUUUAAAGAGACUAAAGUAUACAUUUAGUUCAGUUCUAGAUGUUUUAUUUAUACAUUUGGUUUGUGUUUUUAUAAUUUAUACAGUUAAACACUGUACUUACUAUCUACCAUGUUAUUUCUACCACCAGUUUUUAAUUUUUUUUUUUUUAAUCAUGGUUCUUUUUAGUUUUUAUUAUUUUUUAUAUUAUGAAGAAAUAUAUUUGUCCAAAGAGAAGCAGUUUAUUUAUUAAGUAUCCAUCUUUCUGUAAAGGGCAUCGUUUUUCCCUGAGCUGUAAAAAAAUAAAUAAUAAUAAUAAAUCAAAUCAGCUUUAUGCUCUCACUUUCACAUGAACUUUUAUUAUCACAGAUGUUUAUCAUUCACACAUUAACUCCAUGUUUAACCUUCCUAUGUGUUUAUUUAUGGGUUAUCUAUCUUAUCUGUCAAUCGUUUAUAUACAGAAAUGUUUCUGCUUUCUUGUUUACACCUCGUUGUAAAGGGAAUUCUUGUCUGUUCUGCAGUGGAACAGUGCUUUUGUAUGGUGCAACGUGGUUAUAGCUGGUAAGCCCCUGGUCCCAGAUCUUUCGCCUUACUCCAUUAUUGUCAAGCUAUGGUUUGGCAUGACAAGUACAUGAGUUGGCAAAAGGGCAGAAACCACCUGGCAAUCAGGAUAUGGUGAUAUUAGUGAGGCUACUCCUCUACAAAUUAUUUCCCAAAUGGAGUGUUUUACCCAGACGUCACUCAGUAGUAGUAUUUUACAUGUUAGAAAAUAUAUGUUUUUUUUUUGGGACAACACUUGACUUUGUCCGAAAAUGUGCCGUGAACAAAUGUGUGCUGCCAAUGUUUUGUUCCAUAUUGCUCUUGCAAUAGGAUGCUACAGAGACGUACUUGUAUAGCAUAUCACUUUGCUUUCUUGUUCCACUGUCAAUGCUGUUGUUGUUGUUUUCAGAAUGCAUUUUUUAUUUUCAAACACCACAAGAGAAAUACAAUUAGACGUAUAUAGUUUUGUAUUUUUUUUUAAAUGUAAAUGUCAUAUGUACAUACAAAGGGUGAUGGUAUUUGUACAGAUAUGAAAGAGUGAAACAAUAAAAUAUAAUGUUCCCAUA